AUGCAAACCUUCAUCAUGUUGGCAAAAAUAUUCCUGCUGGUGCUAGCCGUCCAGGUUUGCCGUGCGCACCCCGACGAGGUGCCCGGAACACUUCAGGUUGCUUCACCGAUAUCUCUACCGGUUGCAACAGCAGCUUUUACGUGCACUGGAGGAUACGAUUCAGGUUGCAAUAAUUGUACUACACAAAUACAAUGUACGGGCAGCGGUACGGCUAUUGAAACAACUUGUCGAGGAUCUACGCCAUUUUGUACCAGCGGAUCAUGUUCUGCAUCGGUUGAUCCUGGAGUAGGUUGCUCAGUUCCAACAAUUACGUGCACCGGAGAAGGAGUAUUUCCAGACCCAUAUAUUUGUCAAGCUUACCAUAACUGUUCAGAAGCCAAUAAAAAAUCGGAUGCCCACCUUUGCCCUCUUGGAUUCGUGUUCAACGCCGCCACCUUGCUGUGUAAACAAUCCUCCCUUGCCGAGGAUUGUGUGACCGUUAAGUGUCCCAUCUCGACCGGUGUAGGAACAUAUGGUACAAGCCAAACAUAUUAUGCUGUUUGCAUCUACUCAAACAAUAGUCUUUAUGAAAUUUUGAUGUUGAAGUGUUCGGAUGGAGCUACCUUUGAUGGUAGAGGUUGUGUAUACCAGUGUAAAGAGGAAGGUAAUUUUACUGAUGCAAAUGACUCAACUAAAUACUACCAGUGCUAUGCUCUCAACGAAGGUUGGGCAUACUAUCAUCUCAAAUGUCCUUCUGGUAAAAAGUUUGAUGCUACUAAACAAGUGUGCAUGCCUAGUACAUGUACCUGUACUUGCUCAUAACUGCUAUUUAAGAUAACACAUCUAUCAUAGCUUAUUAGUAAUAAAUAGCAGUUCUAAAAAGAGGUACAUGAAUUGUAUUCAAAUAAAAAAAACAAAAUUAUUUUUUCUUCA